AUGUCUUUGCUCCAUUUGGAAUAUCGACUUGCUCCUGAACAUCCGCUGCCAGCAGCUGUCGACGAUACACUCGCAUUUUAUCGUGCUCUUCUUCGCGAUGGUAUCUCUUCUUCUCGUCUCAUAAUUAUGGGAGAUUCGGCCGGUGGUGGUCUUACUUUAUUGACAGUUCAGGCUCUUCUUGCUCGUCAUUUACCUAUUCCUCGUGCUAUCAUUACUAUGUCUCCGUGGACUGAUUUUUCAUCGUCUGCAAGAAAUACACUCGACAACAUUCAUCAAUGGAUCGAAGCACAAUUUCAACGACAAAUCAACGACUAG